CUCUCGCUACUUUGCUGCCAAAUUCUUGCUAAAUUUCUACGGUUUCGUGCGAUCUGCACUUCGAUUGAGACUUCAACAACAGUUUCCCAAGAUCAAAAUCAGAAAUUGAGGAGAUGUCUUCGGAAGGGACCAUGCGUGUAGUGGGAAGUGAGGUGAUGCCCCUGGAGUUCAAUGGCAUGGAUUCGAAGAGUAGUCCGUCUCCAUCUAGUUCGAAGAGGACAGUGGAGGAAAGGAGAGAGCGGGAGGUAGUGGAGGAGGAGGAAGAAGAAAUUCCCUCAAGUAUUAUGGAGGUUGGGGCUGGGGGUAGGGUUGAGAAGGGGUGGUACUACUUCGGCCCUCGGUUGUCCAGCAAAGAGAAUAGGAAAUUAUUCACUGCUGGACCGUCAUCCAUCAAAGGAUGGAAAGAGAAGUUCUUCUUUGUGGAUGACACCGAGUGGAAUGAAGUGGAGGAGGUUGAGAAUCUGGUGAGGGAAGAAGGGGAUUUAGUGGAUAUCAUGUACCUCACUAGCGCGGAGGCGAUAAAGGCUGCUGAGCUCUAUGGGCCAAGCUCAUUAAGUGAAGGGCUGGCUAUCCCCAAGAAGCGAAGGAAGAAGUCAAAGACUUCAAAUAUGGCAGAUAAGUGGGCAGCAGAGACAGAGCGCCUGUCCAGCACUUCUGCUCAAGCACUGGAGAUGCAGCAGAGGCCAGAGCCUGCGAGGAGGUGGAGUGAGGAAGUGAGCGAGAAGGUGGCACCACUUCAAAGGAAGAAGAGGAAGGUGGCAGAACCAGAAGUUAGGAGGGAUGAGGUGGUUGAGUUCGUGCCUCGGCCUUCUCCUCCUGAGAUUGAUCCUGAAGUCAGGGAGAGGGAGGAAGUCGAGGUGCGAGGCCCUGGCAAGGGCAAGGAACUCAUCCAUCCUCCUUUGUUCCAGAAGACUUUGUUCGAAGUAACGAACACCACUGGAGCGAAGCGGUUCCUCAACGCAACUCUUCCUGAGGUGGAUAAGAGGCAGACGAGGGAAGAGGCGGUGAACCACCUAGGGGCUUGUGUUGUGAGGCACGCCCUGGAGAGACAAUGUGAGAAGCUACAAAAGGAGAAGGAGGAGCUACAGAAGGAGAAGAAAGAGAUGCAGAGGAAAUUGGAUGAAGUUCUGCCAUCAGUAACCGAACUCCAGAAUGAUAAUGAUACCUUGAGCACGAGACUCAUCUUCGAAGAACGUAAGAGGAAGAUCUGUGAAGACAAGCUCGAGGCUCAAGACAAGCUCGAGGCUCAAGACAAAUACAUUGAGAACAUGAAGAAAGGAGUGGCAGAGCUGAAGAAGAACGUGAAUCUGCUGCUGUCGACCACAAUUGUGGCCUUCAUCGACUGUAGAAAGAAGGUGAAGGCUCAAUACCCAGAGGUGGACAUCACGACGGUCACCUUUGGUGAACAAGAAGAAGGAGUUGAGGAGGAUGCCUUUGAUGCUGAGUUGGUGACCGUGGAGGAAGAGGGAGAAGGGCAAGAUGCUGAAGUGGAGAACCAGACAGAUCUGGCUGAAGUCCAACCUCCUGAAGUUCAUCUAGUUUCUUCUGGCGAAGAGCAGCUAGCUCUUCCUAAAGUAGAAGCGCCACCUUUGCCUGCUGGGGAUGAGCCGCCUCAACCACCUCUUCUUGCUGAGGAAUAGCCUUCUCCUCCAGCAGAGUAGCUUAGGUUUUUAUAUCUUUCAAUUAUAUUUGUAAAUAACAUUUUUGUAAUUGAUAUUUUUUUAAUUUAUAAAAUUUUUGAAGUUAUUAUUGGUGUUCAGUUUUGGUUUCUGAUUGUUAUUUCAUUUUGAGUAAAUCACUUCGGAUAAAAUAAAGUGACUUUAAUUAA